AUGUCGGGAUCAGAAGGGGUCACGUCUUCUUCAGAGUCAGCAUCAUCAGGAACAGCAACUACGUCAGAUUCUUCAGGUACUACGACCACAGAGGAUACCACUACGACAGAGACUACGGUUGCAACUGCCACCACGGCGGCGUCCGAGGAUAACGGACAGAAGGAUGAAGCCGCACAGAAGGAGACGACCAAGAAGACUCCAGAGGAUAUUCCAGACAAGGGCGUUCAUGGCUCUGCCACAACCCUUAAGCCAAAGGGGGUCAGUCGUCGUGCCAGGUCCAUGAAGACCACGAGGUCCCUCACGAUGAAGCAGUCAAGCUGCGGCGAAGCUAGCACGCGUCAGAUUAGAGCUGGCACAAUGUGA